AUGUCUGUACUCCUGGAAACGUCACUGGGCGACAUUACAAUUGAUCUGUUGGUGGACGAUGCACCGAAAUGCUGCGAAAACUUCUUGAAGCUAUGCAAGAUCAAGUACUACAACUUCUCGCCAGUGCAUAGCGUCCAACCCAACUUCUCCUUCCAGACCGGUGACCCGAUUGGCCCUUGGUCUAACGAGAGUGAUGGCGGCCGAUCGAUCUGGGGCGUGUUGGACCCUCAGGACCGGGCGAAGAAGACGUUCGUGCCCGAAUUUCCACCGAAGCUGAAGCACAAAGAAAGGGGAACCGUCAGUAUGGCCACUGCACCAGCGCCGGACAACCCAGACGAGCGUUAUGCAGGGAGCCAGUUCAUUAUCACGCUCGGACAGGAUAUUGAUUAUCUUGAUGGGAAGGCGGCCAUUUUUGGGACAGUGGUGGAAGGCUUCGAUACAUUGGAGAAGAUCAACACCGCUUAUAUCGAUGACAAGGGUCAACCAUUGAAGGAUAUCCGUAUCUUGCACACCGUGGUCCUGGACGACCCAUAUGACGACCCUCCAGGGCUAGUUGCGCCACCCGAGAGCCCUGUACCUUCGGCUGCGCAGCUUGCUACAGUCCGUGUCGCAUGGGAUGAGACCCUUGAAGAGGAAAACGACCCCGAAGCCCUCGAGCGGGUACGGAGGGAGCGUGAGGCGCGAGCACAGGCGCUCACUUUGGAAAUGGUUGGAGAUCUGCCAUUCGCCGAAGUCGCUCCUCCCGAGAACGUCCUGUUUGUCUGCAAACUGAACCCUGUCACCGUUGACGAGGACCUCGAGACCAUCUUCUCCCAGUUCGGGAAGAUUAUUAGUUGCGAGAUUAUACGAGACAAGACGACAGGUGACAGUCUGCAGUACGCCUUCAUUGAGUAUGCGGACCAGAAGUCAUGUGAACAGGCGUACUUGAAGAUGGACAAUGUUCUGAUCGACGAUCACCGGAUUCAUGUGGACUUCUCCCAGAGUGUCUCAAGAAUUGCCGACGACUGGCGUGACGCUGCGAACAAGAAGCGAAGACGCGCAGCAGGAGGCUUUGGAGGCAUUGAGAAUCUCGAAAAGAAACGACAGUACCGUGACGAAAACACACGAGAGCUGGCCCCUGACUCCGUUGUGGAUAAGCUCAUAAUAGAUCGCGACCCCAUACCCGUAGAGGCGAGGGACCGGCCCAGCGAGAAGCGCCCGGCCCGCAGAGACGACGCACGGAGGCGCGAGCGGCGGGAAGCGUAUCAUGAUGAUCGUUGGAAGCGGGAUCGAAGCCGGAGCCCAAGGAGAGACAGACGCGAUCGAGACAGGGAUGGCAGAUACGAUGACCGCCGUGCCCGGGAACGGAGCCGAAGCCCGGAUCGAUAUCUUGAUGGGCGCCGUCGGGAGCGAAGUCGAGACAGGUAUAUCAAGGAGGAUCGGCGUGAGCGCGACCGCAGUCGCGACCGCUACAGACGGGAUGAGCGUCGAGACGAAAGGCGGAGACGAGACUGA